AUGAAGCUCUCUUUCCUCUUGACUUACCUCUUCGCUCUGUCAUUGAGCACGACUUCAGCAUGGAAGCUUAGAACAAACACUGGAAUAGACAUUCAUGGAACCCACACCCAGGGUUGUACAGCCAUUAACAUCCCCCGGGGUGCCAGUAUCAGCUGGACUGGAUCUAAUGGUGCCCGAACACUCCAAUUCUUCACCCAGCAAGGGAAGUGCUCCCAAGUUUACCGAACUGUCAUGGGUGUUGGAGACAUCAACGCUUCGAGUAACAUCUAUGGAUAUGUAGUAAAGGCUUAA